AUGUCUGCACCACCGUCUCCUACAGCUUCUUGUGACGAAACUUCCUACUCUGCUAGUAUAGAGCUUUUGAAGUACAUUAUACAGUUCUCAUAUAUGAUUCCAACUCUCAUAUUGGACAUACUGAUAAUCAAGGCAAUCUGCUUUUCGGAGCGAACUAAAUUUGGAAGCAAUGCUUUCUUUCUACUCUUCGCCUUGGAAACCGCACUGGUACGUUUUUUUUUCCAAUUCACUAUGUUCUGAUCUGACCAGGGAAUUGUACAAGCUCACAGUGAUUUUUUAAAGGAGACUGGGUUCACUAGAUGUAGUUUUUUACGGUGAUUCCACGUCUGCUCUCGGAAGUUCCGAUUCGGAGGAUGUCCGGAGUUGUUUCUUGAAUAACAGAAAAAAACUAAAUCAAACUGACUUGAUUUCCCAGAGCAUCAUCGCCAUAGUUAUCGACAUUUUCUUUCUCCGCGUCAUCAUGUAUAUAACGCCGCUUUGCCAGCCUCUGAAUUCCUAUUUUGGUUUUAAAGAACCGACAUAUAUUUUUACGCCCUUCUAUUUCAUUUAUAGCUACCUUCAGGCCGGGAAAUUUGUAAUCCAGUGGUUUUUGUCACUGAAUCGGAUGACUUGCGUCGUUUUUCCGAAUUCCCAUCAACAGGUUUCCUUUUUUCGAGUUUUUCGGAUUUGAACUGGGACGAAAAAAAAGUAUUCUCACAUGAAAUGCUCACAUUUAAGCUAUGGACGGAAAAACUUUGGAUGUGCAUAGCUUUAUCGCUACUGCUUCCAUUGACAGUCACAUGGAAUUUGAUAAUAUCCAAAGCGUUUCUGGAUGUUCAUUUCGGAGGCCUCUCGAUCAACUACCAGAGAGCAGUUUCCUGGGUAAUUAUAGAGACUUUUCUUAACUUUUUCUCCAAUUUCAGGCCAGCUUGUCAUUGUUCAUGCUAGUCUUAUGCAUUAUUUCGUUGGUCAUCUUGAUUUCUUCUACAGUUGCAACAUUAAUAGGAAUAUCAUCGCUGGAAGUCCGAUUGAAGUCUUCAGAGAAGAAUUUGUGCAUCGUAGCUGUGGUCAUGGCUUUCGGGAUCAUUCUUUUUGGCCUUGUCCGGGUUUGAAUUUACUGAUUUUCGGGAUUUUCUCGAGAAUGAAAAAAUACAGAAAGUUUAGGUGUUUAGAAAGGCGAAAAUAAAAGAAAAAAGUAGAUUGCACUCAGUCCGAAUUUUAGCUUUUCAAAUAAAAUGAUGUCCUUUUCUUUCUAACUUCUCAUAUUCUGCUUCAGAGUGCAUUCAUGAUCCCGAGUAUUUCUCAAGGCCCGUAUAAAAACUAUUUACUCGCACUACAAUACAUUGUUUCCGACUUCUGUACCGCCAGGUGAACUUUGCGGAGGAAAAAGUUUUACCUAUAUAAUUUAUUGAAGCUCUCCGUUAAUAAUCAUCUACAUGAGUACAGCGCUUCGGGAAGCGAUGAUCCAGAAAAGAGAGAUUCCGGAGAAUGUACCAAACGUCGUGACUGUCCACUCUAACCAAUCAAACUGA